CGGGCUAGCUGCGUGCGAGCUUGUGAGCUAUGUCGUGAAGCAAAAGUCGCGUCGCGUCUUAUUGGCUUUUUUCCAUCACCGAGGAAGUCAAGAUGCGGUUUUUUCAUCUGCUUGCAGUCGCGAUUUCGCUGUUCUUUGGUGUACUAGCCACCGAUAAUGGCCUGCAAACGGACGUGGAGUGGGACAAUGGGUCGCUCAUGGUCAACGGCGAGCGCGUUAUGAUUAUGAGUGGAGAGUUCCAUUACGCUCGCCUCCCAGUUCCCGAAUUAUGGCUCGACGUUUUCCAGAAGUUCAAGGCGAACGGCAUGAACGCUGUCUCGAUUUACUUCUUCUGGUCGUACCAUUCGGCAUCGAAAGGCGUAUACGACUUCACAACACCGGGGAAAGAUAUCCAACGCCUGUUUGACAUGGCCAAAGAAGCCGGACUUUACGUGAUCGCACGACCAGGACCCUACUGUAACGCUGAAACAAAUGGUGGCGGCUUUGCUCUAUGGACCAGCGACGGAAGUGGCGGCAAGUACAGAACGUCAGACGAGACAUAUAGACAAGCGUGGUCGGAAUGGAUCGCGGAAGUUGGCGACAUCAUCGCAAAGAACCAGAUCACCAACGGCGGACCCGUCAUUCUCGCGCAAGUCGAAAACGAACUUCAAGAGACUCGUUACGAAGCCGACAACACAUUAGUCAUCUACAUGGAGCAGCUGAAGACCGCCUUUAAGGACGCGGGCAUCAUCGUACCCCUGUCGCACAAUGAGAAGGGCUUCAGAUCGAAGAGCUGGUCUACUGAUUACAACAAUGUCGGUGGCGCGAUCAAUGUCUAUGGCCUGGACAGCUACCCCGGCGGAAUGAGCUGCACAAACCUCGACACGGGAUUCAAUCUGCCCAGGACGUACUACCAGUGGUUUCAAGAGGUAUCUCCUACUCAGCCCGAGUACCUACCCGAAUUUGAAGGUGGAUGGUUCCAGCCGUGGGGCGGCUACUUCUUUGACCAGUGUCUAGCUGAGCAAAGCCCUGAAUUUGCAGAUGUUUUCUACAAGGGCUUGAUCGGACAACGAGCUUCCCUACUGAACUUGUACAUGGCAUACGGCGGCACUAACUGGGGCCAUCUUGCUGCGCCAAACGUAUAUACCUCCUACGACUACGUCGCGCCGCUUCGCGAAACCCGGGAAGUCCGCGAUAAGUUCAAGCAGUACAAACUUCUCGCCCUCUUCACCCGUGUCAGUAAGGGCCUUCACAACACGUUCAUGGAAAACAACGGCACCGCGAACGCAGUUGACAACUCCGCGAUCUGGACUUGGCAGCUCAAGAGCCGCGAUGGAGAGAGUCGAUUCUACCUCGCCGAGAACAACAACACGCGUACACGCGCUGUCACCGACUUCUCGAUGACGGUGAAGACUUCGGAAGGCGACAUCAAGAUCCCAAGCAUGCAGCUUGCGGGCCGUCAGAGUCGAUGGGUAGUUACAGACUAUGCUGUAGGUGACAAGACGCUGCUCUACUCGUCGGCCGAGAUUGCUACCUACGGCCUGUUUGAUCGGCUUGUCCUCGUAUUCUACACCCGCGAAGGCCAGACAGGAGAAUUCGCAUUCAAAUCACAGGGCAACGUAACCUUCAAGGCGUACGGCGCAGAGUCAGAUAUCACAAGCAAGCCGACGAACGGCACCUACUCGAGUUUGUCGUACACCCAAAGUAAGGGUGCUACAGUGGUUGAGUUCUCCAACGGUGUUCUGGCUUACCUGCUUGACAUUCCAACUGCGUAUACAUUCUUCGCGCCAUCGACGACAGAUGACCCGAAUGUCACUCCAGAUCACCAGAUCUUCGUGCUCGGACCAUAUCUAGUUCGCUCAACCAGCUUGUCGGACAGAACAGUUUCCGUUGUUGGCGACAAUGCGAAUGCGACGACUAUCGAGGUAUAUGCUGGCUCUGAUGCAGAAACGAUAUCCUGGAAUGGAAAGGAGCUCGCUACAACAAAGACUACCUACGGUUCUCUCACUGCGAAGAUCGAUGGAACAGCAGACCGGGAGAUCACUCUUCCUGAACUUUCCAACUUCAAGGCUGCUGGAUCUUCGCCUGAGAUCGAACCUUCCUACGAUGACAGCAACUGGGUUGUCGCAAACAAAACCACAACGCUCAGCCCCGUGAAGCCACUUACCCUACCCGUACUCUUUAGCAGUGACUACAAGUACUACACGGGCGCGAAGAUCUACCGCGGAUACUUCUCCGGCAAAACUGCAUCAUUUCUCAACAUCACAGUUCAAGGUGGAGUAGCAGCUGGAUGGGGUGCUUGGCUCAACGGGCAAUCAAUCGGUUACCAUCCCGGUAACGCAUCGCUUACUUCGACAACAGCGUUGAUCGCAUUCAAAAAUGCUACAUUAAAGGACGAAGGAAACGUCUUGACGGUGAUUACCGACUACACUGGUCAUGACCAAACCUCCACAGGCCCCGCUGGCGCUGAAAAUCCCCGUGGUAUACUAGGUGCCCAGCUUCUCAGCGGAAACAACACGAAACUCUCAUUCGACCAGUGGAAGAUCCAAGGCAACGCAGGGGGAGAGCGCAAUAUCGAUCCCGUACGCGGUCCGAUGAAUGAAGGUGGUUUCUACGGCGAACGUCUCGGCUGGCAUCUCCCCGGCUUCGACACGUCUUCCUGGAAAGACGCCAGUCCCACCACCAAUGGCGUCCAAGGCGCCGGUAUCCGCUGGUUCACAACCACAUUUUCCCUCUCCAUCGACUCCGACCUUGACGUCCCCAUUGGUAUCGAACUUGAUGCGCCAAAAGGUACCAUUUCACGUAUGCUCCUCUUCGUCAACGGCUACCAGUACGGAAAAUACGUUCCUCAUAUUGGACCUCAGACUCGCUAUCCAAUCCCUCCCGGUAUCCUCAACAUGAGGGGCGAGAAUGUCUUGAGUGUGGCGAUGUGGGCACAGACUGAGGCUGGGGCUAGGUUGGAAACGCUGAAGUUAAUUGAGUAUGCGAGGUAUGCCAGUGGAUUUGCGUUUGGUGAGAUUGAUGGGAAGGCGCUGCAGCCGGGCUGGGUGGAUAGAAGUGUGUACGCGUAGAUAUCUGGUCCACCAUAAAAGAAAUAGAAUAACAUAAGAUCUGCUUUGAACUUUGCUACUCGGCAUUUCUCAUCGCUCA